GAGUUCUGGCCAUUUGAUCCCUGAGAAGGAAAUCCAAGAAGUGGUUAUUGUCACUUUUUGAACCCUAUAUAAGGUAGGGUUGGUAACACUGCAAAAACACAUCUGUUCUCUGCUUUCUUCGAUUCUUUUUCCUGCUUCUGCUUGGGGAAAAUCCAGAAAGGUUAAACAUGAGCAUCACUGAUGUCCUUAGUGCUGCUGAUAUAGCUGCUGCCCUGGAGGAAUGCCAAGACCCAGAUUCUUUCAACCAUAAAAAAUUCUUCGAGACUUCUGGCCUGUCCAAGAUGUCUGCUAGUCAGGUCAAGGACAUUUUUCGGUUCAUAGACAAUGAUCAGAGUGGAUAUCUGGAUGAAGAAGAGCUCAAGUUUUUCCUCCAGAAAUUUGAAAGUGGAGCUAGAGUCCUGACCAGUUCAGAAACCAAGUCCCUGUUGGAGGCAGCUGAUAACGAUGGAGAUGGCAAAAUUGGGGCUGAUGAAUUCCAGGAAAUGGUGCAUUCUUAAAGACCCAAGUCUAUGGAGACAGAAAAAAAAAAAGAAAGGGACCAAACUGCAGGAAGGCCUCCAUAACCUUAUGAAUGGGAAAUUCCACAUUCUAUCCCUUAUUUUUUUUUCCUGGCAAGCAUCUGUAAUUUGCUCAUUGCUUUAGUGAGGUAAUAAGACUAAUGACUCUUUUUUUGAUAGCACGUAUAGUUCUGAUGUGUCCUGUAAGGAACCUCAGCAGACA